AGAAAAAAAAUCAAGUCUCGUGAAGGAGAAAAAAACAAUACUAAAAUGUUUAAUACCUUUGUCUAUAAAUACCUCUAUAGGAGCUCGCUUUUUUUUCACAGUCAGCACCAAACAAUAAACUCAAUUGAGAAAAAAAAUAAUAAUGGGGAAUUGCAUGGAGGCUUCAAAUAAAAGACAGAUGAAGGAAGAAGAAGAAGAAGAAGAAGAAAUAAAGAAGGAAAACAGUACUGGGAAAUCCAGAGUGAAAGUGAAGGUAGUGUUGACGAAAGAGGAGCUAGAGUUAUUUAUGGUGAAGCUGAAGAAGAAUCAUGGUGGAGGGAAGAGAUUAGGGGAUCUUUUAGAGGAAAUAAAGAAAGCAAGAUGUGGAAAUAAACAUCAUUCUUGGCGACCUUCAUUGGAGAGUAUCAAGGAAGAUUAGCCCCGACGACUUUAGUUAAUAGAAGACAAUAGAACAUGAAGGUUUCAACUUUUUUUUUUCUUUUGUAAACUACUAAAUAUAUAAUCUUUUUCGUCUCAUGUUGGGGUUUUUAUUUAUUAUACUUUUACUUGGAAACUCCAUGGCAGAUGGCAGAGGGUAUAUCAAAAUCUUCAUUGGGUUUCUUCCUGUGUCGAUCCCUGGCUUGUGUGAUGAAUCAAGUUCAGACUGUAUUUAUUCCUUAAUUAGCUAGAAGCUAAAUAUCGAUCCGUAUACAUACAUACAUAUAUAUAUACAUAUAACUUUGUUUGAUUUGCAAAGAUUGAUGAGUUUUUAAGGAUGAAGAGUUUUAAAGGAUGAAUAAAUUUUUUUUUUAGAGAAAAA